CGCGUUUCGAUCAGGAGUUUCGUGCAGGAGGUUUAUGUUUCUGGCAUGGCAGAUUUGUCCCAUGCUAUGCGCACAGACGAGCUGAUCGACGGCGAUUGGUAUACCAUGGUAUCAGCUGCGUUUCCAACAUGUCCACGCCAGAUAGGUAGGAGCACCAGUUGCACCAGGAGCAACAGCCGCCAAGCCGGCGGCAGCCGCAGUGGUAGCAUCAGCUACAUCCAGAUGCGCAGUGUAAGCAAGAUGUGCGAGUAGCAGCAGCAGUGAACAGGAGGAGCAUGUGGGCUACCCGAUACCGCGCAGCCACUUGCCCUGCUCGGCACCCGCCUGUAGAAGCCCCUGCAGCGCAGCGCGCAGCCGCCAGCGCGGUGCGCGGGGCAGCCGCAGCGUCGCGCUCCUCACUCGUGCGAGCCAUGGCGGGGCACCAACACACGUCCUCGGACGUCUCGGACGCGUUCUCCAAGCGCAUGUCGCAGGUGCGGGAAGAGUUCGAGCAGAUGCAGCGUGUGCAGAACGUGCUGAAGGGCAACGAGCAGAAGAUGCGAAAGAAUAUCGAACCGUUGCAGAAAGAGUUGGAGCAGAUAUCAAAACAGGUGUCGGCCGCGUACGCCAAGCGGGACAAGCUCAGGCAGCAGCUUGCGUCCUGCGAAGAGGAGAUCAAGGAAUUGGAGGUGAAGAAAACGGAGGCAUGCGACAGGAUCUAUACCGCCACUGCCACUGUGGAGCAGAAGCGCGCAGAGUUGCUCAACAAUGCCUCGCACAUGGGUGCCCGAUUGGGGAGCGAAGAAUGAUGGUUCUUGAAAGGUUUGUUGUGGUGGGCAUUAUAAUGCGAUGUAUUGUGCGGUCGACAAGUCUACCCGAUAACCAAACAGUCUGUUUCCAUCGAUUUAACGCAUGCACCUCGCUGAGUUGAUGAGAAGCUCCCCCUUAAUCCCUUGGUGUGCACUGUGUCGACGGCCGCCAUGAGUCGAG